CUCCUGUGUCCUCACUUUUUUGUUUCUUCGGGGUCUGAUCUGCUCCGAUUUCCAUCAUGAAUAAAUAAGAGAGUUUAUAUUCCAGAGUAAUAUUUUCCCUCCCUCGUUUGGAAUGUAUUUUUUCUCUCUCUCUUUCCAUUUUUUUCGAAAUUAUGUGCGUAUGUGGGUGUGUCGAGGCUUAGUGUAGUGCUUGUGCGCACUCGAAAAAAGACGUAGAAGUUGAGAAUGACUUUAGUUUGAAGCCACUAUAGCCUUCUAUUGGACUUCCAGUAUGGCUGUUUGGACUCGAGCGGACAAAAAUGGACAACUGGAUCUUUUGAUCCGGGACCGCUGGGUUCGCGUUACGGCCGAGUUGGCCCGUGAAACUCUAACUUUAACAGCUGAAGCAGAGAUAAGCGGACCUGGAUGUAACGUGGAAUACAACUCUCCAUCAGGCCUGCGAAACGGAGUACCGAACGGGAAUGAUCCAGGAAUGGUAAACACGAACCCGAACCGCGGCCAAUCCCCGAAUCCACAACAACACGCGAACCACGGUGCAUUAAGGCGAAGCGGCAGCCCCGCUCGCAGCGGGGUCGGCAGAGGACAGUAUGACAACAGUUACGGGUUCGGUAGCCCAGGUUCGGGCAGACAAGCCCAUGAUAACGGGACAAACUCUGACUUUGGCAGCCCAGGGUCCAGCUACGGCAGCCCUGGGUCUAGUUUUAGCUCCAGGCAUGGCGAAACGAACAUCAGUCCAGACAUCAACAUAUCGGAGGCGGUGAGGAAAGUUCGAGUUGUCAAGCAGGAGUCGGGCGGGCUGGGCAUUAGUAUAAAGGGUGGUCGGGAGAACCGAAUGCCCAUCCUUAUCUCCAAGAUCUUCCCUGGGCUGGCAGCGGACCAGAGCCGGGCUCUCCGAGUCGGCGAUGCUAUCCUUUCUGUCAACGGGAAUGACCUCCGAGAAGCGACACACGACCUGGCGGUGCAGGCGCUUAAAAAGGCCGGCAAAGAGGUGACUCUGGAGGUGAAGUAUAUCAAGGAGGUGUCUCCCCUCCUCAAGAAGCCCUCUCUGGUGGCCGACCUGCCGUGGGACGAGGUGCGGCCCCAGUCCCCCAGCCUCAGCGGGAGCGAGGACUCCGGCUCUCCCAAACACGGCGGGGGGGGAGCCAAGGACAGGAGGGACCACUACGGCGGCGGGGCCAAGGACCGGAAGGUCAUCUCUCUGAAGAUGUGUUACAUCAGCAGGAACCUGACCAUGCCCGACCUGGAGAACAGGCUGCUGGAGCUGCUCUCGCCCGACGGGCGCCACACGCUGGUCCUGCGCUGCAAGGACGCCCCCAGCGCCCACUCCUGGUUCGGCGCCAUCCACACCAACGUGGCGGCGCUGCUGCCCCAAGCCCUCGCCCGCAUCGGCGCCAACACGCAGCGGCCGCUCAGGCACGUCGGCUGGCUCGCGGAGCAGGUACAGAUGGAAGGUGGGCGGCACCAGUACCGGCCCGUCGUCAUGGCGCUGACAGAUAAAGACAUCCUCCUGUUUGAUUCGGUGCCCUGGACCCGCGAAGCCUGGGCCACGCCUCUGCUGACACAUCCGCUCCUGGCUACCAGGCUGGUACACUCGGGCAGCGCCCGCAGUUCCCCGGCGCUGGGCGCCGACCUGGUGUUCGCCACGCGGACGGGCACCGCGCAGGGCAUCGAGUCGCACGCCUUCCGGGUGGAGACGCACUGGGACCUGUCGUCCUGGACCCGCGCGCUGGUGCAGGGGGGGCACGCCGCCGCCGAGCUCAUCAAGGAGGUGUCCAUCGGCUGCGUUCUGAACAGGCAGGACGUCCGCCUCACUCUGCACUACGAGCGGGGCUUCACCGUGACGCGUGAGCCCGGGGAGUCUGCGGGGGGCGCCGUUCUCUUCCGCUACCCUUUUGAGAAGCUGAAGAUGUCGGGCGACGACGGAAACCGUAACCUCUACCUGGACUUUGGCGGGGCUGAGGGGGAGAUGGUCUUUGAUCUGCACACGAAUCCCAAGCCGGUGGUCUUCGUGCUGCAUUCCUUCCUGUCGGCAAAACUGACGCGCAUGGGACUGCUGACGUGAGGGUCGGGGGCGGGGUCGUUUAUCGUAAUCCGAGUGCGGUGUCAGUCUCCUGUGGCGUCAUGCCGACCACGACUCUUCCACAUUACCCAUUGUUCCUGUUUCUAUCAGGAUAGCCAAAUGUGCCUUUCAUAUUUAGUCGAGGAAGCAAAAGAAGACGGAAGGCUCUGCGGUGUGUCCCGAGCCCAUAGUUUUUAAACAAAGAAAGCUUUGAAUAUUAUGCACUAUAAUAGUAAUAAUCAUACGCAUUUAGAGUUUCAUUUCUGUACAGAUCUAUUUCUGUAGGUCGUUUGGUUGCAUUUUGUGUUCUGCACGGUAUAGGUUGUAGGACUUGCAGAUCAAUGGAGUAUAGAAGAAUUCAGAACAAAACCGGGUCAGAACCUUGAGAAAAUCAGAAGCCCCCCCCGCCCACUCCAGAUAAAACAAAAAACCUGUUUGCUCCACUGUUCCCUAGAGGAGUUAUAUGUAAAUAUGUUUACAUACCUCAUCCACGUCCAUAGUCCCUAAGGCCCAGCCCCCUGCCCCCUGCCCCAAACAGCAUUAAUCCACUUUCAGUGUACUGUAACAGAGAUUAGUGCACUGAUCCAUAUCCCCAGCGAGGGAAUGACUGAAAGUGAGGGAAGGAGCCAGGAAAAGGAGGUAAUGCCUGCCCGUUCCUCUCAGCUGUCCCUGAACCCCGGGGUCCCAGUUUGUGGCAUUCAAACAGGCUCAGAGGCAGGUGAAGACGCAUGCUCCGACUGGAGUGCCGCUCGAGAGAGCUAUGCUCCGCAAACCUCAGCUGCUGUAGGGAGAGUAAAGUCAUUUGUUUAAUGUAAAAAAAGCCAAUGGUUACGGUUAGUUGUAUUCCAAAUCUGUCCUGAACUUUUCCAGCCAUUCUGGGCAUAGACUGAACAAUCAUGAUGUUGAUCUUUUAACUUUGGCGCCACCUACUGGUGGUGGAUGUAGCUUCUGUUUGAAGUUCAUUGCUAUCGUUGCUGAAGGCCCGUGGCUUCUUCUUGGAACAGCAUUACGUCCUUGUGGUCUCUUGAUAUGUUUCAGGUCCUCCCGAGGCAGGGAGGGUUGUUGUCCGUUGAUUUGACAGAACAAUAAGAUGUUUUGGCUGAAACUGACUUGUGCUUUGCUGGGUCUGACCCAGGAUUGUUGCGCUUCUAUUAUUUUUUAUCAACACACUUGACUCGCUCGCAUCAUGAUCUUAUGGUUCCUUGUCGAUAUAGAUCAAGGAACAUCCUUAUACAUUUCCAAAGAGGAUUUAAUGCAAACCAAGCUUUUAUCAGAAUUUAUCAGCAUUUAGUACUGUAUAUAGAUAUGUUGAACUAGACCUUGUUGGAUUGAAAUUUGACUUUUGAAGCUUUCGUAUAAUGUGUUUUGAAGCACUUCCCAGUAAACCCUGAAUGAAUAAAAUGACAGAAAUGUCAUGAACAUAAACACAUUAAUUGUCUACGCCCCAGCUUGAAGAGCUUAUCGACAUUUCCUUUUAAGAGAGAGCACUUUCACGUGCUUACUGUCAGAUCCACUUAACUAGAUGCCUAAAUUGUUACUUUGCUACAUGGUUUAAGCAAACUGGGUUCAGCAGUGCUAGUUCUUGCCUUUCACCAGAAAUGAUGAACAAGAAAAAGCAAAUGUUGUCAGGUAUGCAAUCAGUCCCUUACCUGUUGGUUAGGAUUAACAGCGAGAAAGUCCCAGAGAGAUUGAAUUCCCUGUCUUUCCAAACGUGUUCUGGGCGGUGCAAGGACCCUAGUCUGUUUUGUGCUGCUCUGCCACUGCUUGCUUGCGGAGGGUCCCCACUCUUCCCGGGCCAUCACCCACAGAACCACAGUCCGGGUUUUUCCCCUGGUGUGGACCAUGGCCCCCCGUGAAUGUAUCUCAACAAUCCUUCGGGCUUCCAAGGCAUGCAAAACAAGCCAAACUGCCGUACUCCCGACUUUUUUUUGUACGAAUUACACUCUUGUGCGUUCUCUCGGAGCAGGCUUGUUUUGGCAAGGCGUAGUUUUAACCUCCCCUUUUAGAAAGCUUUUAUGAACCAAAGUUUGAUACUUCAGGCAGCUUGCGUUUUCCACAAUCAGAUAUUAUAAUCGUAGGGGGAUGCUCUCCCACAAACCUGUUAUAUAAUGUGUUGCUACUUCUUAUGCGCACUCUUAAGAUAUAUAAAACAUAUGCCUCAUUUAUGUUGUAUUCUCAAAUGUAAAUAUAUUAUGAAUAAAAAAUGUUACUUUUGA